AUCGAAUUUCACUUAUGGGGAGUUACUGUUAGGGUCUUGUGAUUGUCAAGUCUAGGGGUGCUCAAAUUGCUACCUGCAGACGCAACUGCACCUGUUUAGAUUUGCCUCCAUAGGGAUAAAAAAACGGUCAUGGAAUCCGGUUCUUCAGAGAAUGCGCUGAGCCGAUUAGGUCGACGGCUGAACCAACGAAUUCAAUACUUCCUUGACAAGAGUUCUCCUCACGUCUCCGCUCGCUGGAUAUGCCUCCUCUUGGCGUUAGCCGGCUACGUCGCGCGCGUCUGGUAUCUGCGUGGGUUCUAUAUUGUGUCAUAUGGCCUGGGGAUAUAUAACCUGAACUUGCUUUUGGGCUUCAUUACACCGCAAUUCGACCCGGAGCUCGAGGGGCCAGAGCUGCCAACAAAAGCCGAUGAGGAGUUUCGGCCGUUUGUUCGUAGAUUGCCUGAAUUCAAGUUUUGGUACGCGUCAAUAAAAUCAAUCCUCCUUGGCACGGGGAUGACGUUCUUCAGUGUGUUCGAUGUGCCAGUCUUUUGGCCCAUCCUCUUGCUGUACUGGUUUGUGCUCUUCUUUGUGACUAUGAAACGGCAGAUCAGGCACAUGAUCAAGCACCGUUACCUUCCAUUUACAUUUGGGAAAAAGAAGUACGGAAAAGGCCCAGUCGCGAAGGACUCGAAAUGACCUGGACUGGAGCGGCUUCGGAUGCAGCAGCUGAACUAGUGUGGAGUGUUUGUGCAAACGGUGUUCAAAGUCUUUCUUGGCACUCGGGUGCAGGGGGCAUCGCAGGGGGAUAGUAGUACCGUGUAGUUGCUUAGGAGUGGAGUCGUUAGGGUGUGGGCGCCAAGCAGCAUUUUGGACGGCGGACACCUUUAGGCUUGGAGCAUGACUUGGCGAAGAGUAGGUGAUCCUGAUGGGUCUUGCGAUUGGGUCUUAUUUGAGACGUUUAAGCUUGACUUUUAGGUCGGGAACAAUGAUACGGAUAUGGUUGCGCCAUAGGUGGGUGCGGGGCUUCAAGCGGUCGUGUAGUGUCACAAAGCCACGAGCGGAUGCAGCGGCCAACAGCGGGAAGCUACUUGACUGUGUUGCAGUCUUCAUGCUCUGAUGCCAGCAGAUAUCAUGGAAAGCUGGUACUGGCGCAUACUUUGUAUAGUUACUGUCGUAUACUCUUGCCAAAACGUUACUGUUCUUCGUGUCGAUUGUCGCUUACAAAUUUGUUGGCGCUGUUUUCCACGUGUAUUGCAAGGGGAAUCCGCGGCGAAGGCGGCAACUGAGAUUGUUUGAUCUUGCAAUCGCCAGCUGUGUAACACAGAGUUCGUU